CAGUGACAGAUAUGCAUGAUUUCUGCGGAUUGCGGAGAGCGUUCUAUAGAAUGGCAUAGAAUUUAAAGUUCUUUCUAGAAACAUGCUCGAAAUUUUAUUUUUAUAAAGAUAAACAUAAGGCAUUUAAUCGUGAAUAUAACAAAUAAUAACUGAAAAUGUCUAAUGUAUUCGGUUUAAUAGUGUCUGGGCGACUGGUGCAAACUGACUUUACGCCGGUGUCGGAAACGAGCCUGGUGACUACUAUUUUGGACGUGGACUCGAUCAACCACGCCGUAGUAUUUCUGACCGGCACGACUCCGCUACCGGCAGGGACUGUAGCCAUCGUGUAUUGGAGUUGGCCCGACCCCAACGCGCCGCCCAACUGGCAGCCGCUCGGUCACAUUUCUAACGCGAAACCAUCGGCUAUAUUUAAAAUACACAAUCUAAAAAAAUUGCAUGAAUUAUCCAGUGAAAAUAAAUUUAUGAAUGCAUUUGGCCAGCAGCAAAUUUGCCACAACGCUCAGAUUGGUAUCUCAAUAGAACCAGAGGCAAACAUCCAACAUCUAGAGCCAUUACUUACUCAACAAACAAAUACAUACAUAACAUUUGCACAGAAGAUGUUAGAGAACUUAGUGAAUUUUGUGGCAUCAUACUCAGUGACCCAGGAGCAGAUGACUCCGACCCCUGGGGUCUCCUAUAUCCCUCUCAACACGCUACACACCUGGUACCAGAACUUUGAGCGACGGCUGCAGCAGAACCCUAACUUUUGGAAGAACUAGCCAAUGGAUUGCAGUUUUAUUUCCUAAGCAUAAUAUUGCAAUGUGUUUUGUGACAAUAGUGUUAAGUAAAGUCUAUUGCAAGAGUAUGUAAUGAAUAAUUGAAUUAAUUGCUUAUAACUGUACAGAAAGUGAGAGACAUUAAAAGUAAUGCAACAUUAUUUAUUUAAUUAUUAUCACAUUCUUAAAAAAAUUUAAACAAACAAUCACGAACGGCUGACAAAUUUUGUUUUAACACUGAAUGGCAGUGCUGGUUAUUUCUUAAAUAAUAAAAAGAUGCACAGCCAUUUGCUUCAUAAUAUUUGCAUUUAGGAUGUUUAUUGGUAAUAUACUAAAUAGACUGAGG